GCAGCAACAGCUGGCGGCGCAAUGGAGAUGCAAUCCUAUUACGCCAAGCUCCUGGAGGAGUUGAAUGAACAGCGGAAGAGGGACUUUUUCUGUGACUGCAGCAUCAUUGUGGAAGGGCGGAUCUUCAAGGCCCACAGGAACAUUUUGUUUGCUAACAGCGGCUACUUCCGAGCCCUGCUCAUUCACUAUAUCCAGGACAGUGGGCGGCAUAGCACUGCCUCCUUGGACAUUGUCACCUCCGACGCCUUCUCCAUCAUCUUAGAUUUCCUCUACUCCGGGAAGCUGGAUUUGUGUGGGGAGAAUGUGAUCGAAGUGAUGUCGGCGGCCAGUUACCUGCAAAUGAACGACGUGGUGAACUUUUGCAAGACGUAUAUCAGGUCGUCCCUUGACAUCUGCCGGAAGAUGGAGAAAGAGGCUGCGGUGGCGGCAGCAGUGGCGGCGGCGGCGGCGGCGGCGGCGGCGGCAGCUCAUCAGGUUGACAGUGGAAGCCCCAGUUCAGGCAGGGAGGGGACCUCCUGUGGGACCAAGAGCUUGGUUUCCUCUCCAGCCGCGGGAGAAGAGAGUGUAGACUGCCCAAGAGCGUCCCCUUGUGGUGACUGCGGAGACUGCCACGCCCUGGAGCUGGUGGUGAAAGACGGCCAGGGUGGUGGCUCCGGGGACCAUGACCUUUCUACUCCACCCACCCGGAGAGAGCCCAAGGUGGAAUUUGAUGCUGAUGAAGUGGAGGUGGAAGUCGGUGAACAACUGCAGCAGUACGCCGCCCCGCUGGGCCUGGCCCACAUGGAGGAGAGCUCGCCCGGUGGCCAGGCCGUUGACUUGGCUUACAGUCACUACCACGUGAAGCAAUUUCUGGAGGCGCUCUUGCGCAACAGUGCCGUCCAGAGCAAAGAUGAUGCGGACCAUCACUUUUCUCGGAGUUUGGAGGGAAGACGAGACGGUGCAGGAGUAGCCGUGAGUUCCGUGAUGGAUGUCCAGACUGAUUGGUAUGGAGAGGACUCAGGUGAUGUGCUGGUGGUCCCCAUCAAGCUCCACAAGUGUCCUUUCUGCCCUUACACUGCCAAACAGAAGGGCAUUCUCAAGAGGCACAUCCGCUCACACACAGGCGAGCGGCCCUAUCCCUGUGAGACCUGCGGCAAGAGGUUCACGCGGCAGGAGCACCUGCGGAGCCAUGCCCUGAGCGUCCACAGAUCCAAUCGUCCAAUCAUCUGUAAAGGUUGCAGAAGAACCUUCACGAGUCACCUGUCUCAGGGGCUGCGGCGUUUCGGGCUGUGUGACAGCUGCACCUGCGUGACAGACACACAUGAUGAUGACGAUGAUUUGAUGCCCAUCAACCUUAGCCUGGUGGAAGCCUCGUCUGAAAGCCAAGAAAAGAGUGACACAGACAAUGACUGGCCAAUCUAUGUGGAGUCUGGUGAGGAAAACGACCCCGCAGGAGAUGAUUCUGACGACAAACCACAAAUUCGGCCCAGCUUAUCAGACCAAGAAACAUUUACGUAG